AUGAUGGCAGGUAAAGCGAAGGACACAGAUUAUUUCGCGAUCGAAGACGAUUAUGAUGACAACGAUAAUGAUGAUAUAGAAGCAAAUAACAGUGAUGAUGAUGACACCGAUGAUGUUUCCAGUCGUAGAUCGUCGUUUUCUCAAGCUACUGGUCAAUGGCCACAGAGUUACAAGUAUACACUUGAUUCGUACUCAAUUUCAGCAACACCAAGUGUGGCAUUCCUUAGACGCCCAUCGGGUUCUAUAUAUUCAAUGUAUGAACCGGGGAUUGAUAGCAGUACUGCUAAUUUUGGUGAUAAUAUAAAGUCUAAGUUGCUGAUAGAAUGUUCAAAGGUUUUUAGCAAAGAGGAUGUAGAUAGGAUUUCAAGAAAGAUAUCAACAUGGUCAGGAAAGGGUUCUUUGCCUGAUCAACUAAUCGAUGAGCUUCCCAUUGCCUUUGGAUGUAGCGUCACUCAGACUGUUUUCAAUUCGGUGAAUGUGAUGGUUGGAGUUGGAGUUCUUUCUAUGCCAAAUACAAUAGCUACCGCUGGCUGGGCUGGCGUAGGAAUCCUACUCCUUUUUGCAGCAAUAUGUUGCUACACCGCUUAUCUCAUGAAACUUUGCUUCGAGAGUAAAGACACCAUUCAAACAUAUCCCGAUAUUGGAGAAGCUGCAUUUGGGAAAUACGGACGCCUUACAAUAGCAAUCAUUUUGUACACGUCACUCUAUGCAUAUUGUGUGGAGUUCAUUAUAUUGGAAGGAGACAAUCUCACUAGUUUGUUCCCUGGUGUAUCGCUGCAAUGGGGUAGCAUCAAUACGGACCCGGUUCACAUGUUUGCAGUUCUUUCUGCUGUCGUUAUGGGAUCCACGCUUUUAGUAAAAAACCCCCGAGUGAUCUCAUUAUUUUCAGCUACUGGUGUUGUGGCUACUCUUAUGGUCAUCAUCUGUGUGUUUUGGCUGGGUACAGUGAACGUGGGCUUUAAUGAAAGAGGUCCACCUAUAAAAUUGGGUGGCAUUGCUUUCGCACUUGGUAUUUAUGGAUUUUGCUUUUCUGGACAUUGUGUGUUCCCAAAUAUAUACCAGUCAAUGGCAGAUAAAACUAAGUUUACAAAGGCAAUGAUAAUAUGCUUUAUUUUGUGUCUUCUGAUGUAUGGGAGUGUUGCAAUUGCGGGUUUUCUCAUGUUUGGAGAACAAUCGUUGUCCCAGAUAACAUUGAACAUGCCUGAGGAUGCAGUUGCUUCAAAAGUUGCUUUGUUGACUGUAAUUAUCAAUCCGGUCACGAAAUAUCCUUUUUGUGAUAUAAUAUAA